GCCCAGCAACCCUGAAUGCUUAUAUGUCAACUCGCUGUCACUUCUCUUCUGCUGAGGUCUCUGGAGGAGUUGACCACAUGCUGGUAUGCCAACUCACAGGGCAAUAGAAGGGUUGUUUUACGAAUCCCCCCCCGACGCCCCUCUGGCCAAUGUGGCUACUGCAGCAUCAGAUCAGGAUGGGUGGUCAAGCUAGAACUUGCCAACUGCUUCACUCAGGCUUGUGCCGAUGGUUGAAACAUCAGAUGGAGCACCUGUUUGCAGGAAACGACUGCGACCAGCAUUGUCUGGUUGUGGUGUGGACGGGCUUAAGUUCGAUGACCCAUUGACGGGCAAUGUCAUUCUCCAUGUAUGUGCGGAGAGUGGGAUAAACUGUGAUCUCCAUGUGCACAAGGAAGCACUUCAGCGCAGCAAGUUCUUUGCUGCUAGACUUUCGGACAGAUGGGGAGAAGGAGGAGGAGCCAUUACACGGUUAUUUGUCCAUUGCAAGGAUGCAGAAGCAUACAUACAGACUCUGAGAUUGCUUUACGCGAAGGACUUCAAUGGAAUAUUCAAGAGCGUUCAAGGUGCGCUGGCCAUUCUCGAAGUGGCCGCCGAGCUCCUUUACGAUGAAUGUGUUGCUGCAUGCAUCCGAUAUCUGGAGGCGGUGCCAUGGACUGAAGAGGAGGAGGCCAUGGUGGUGGAAGCCAUGGGUCGGCUACAGAUCGACGGUGCAGAUGAUGUCUUGGCCCGACUCCGACCUGUCUCGGAGCGGUCGGUGGAGGAUAUGCUGGAGGGCCUUGUUCAUGUUGCAACUCACAGCCCGCAGCAGAACGGACCGGCUGUGAAGGCCUUUGUUGCAAAGAUCCUCAGCGAUUAUGCUUCGAGGGAGUGCGUACGUGCAGUGCUUGAAAAGGCAUUCAACUCCAGCCUCAAAUCUAUCAAAGAUGGGGUGGAGGAGUACUCGACACCUGUUGUCAGACGCCGGCACGACGACAUUGAAGCGCUGCAGAAACAAGGACUUCAUAUGGCAGUUGUAACAGGAAGGCAUUUGCUGUGGAUCGUGGAGCGGAUGAUUGAGCUGAGGGUGGCGGACAAUGCGGUUGUCAUGUGGAGCGUGCAGGCACAGUUUACGGAAAACCUUGUGCGCGCAUUCUCAGAAGAUGCUGUAAGGAGCUCUGCGCCGGGUUUGCCUUCCCUUGUAUUGAGAUGCACUUGCAGGUUCAGCGGGGCAAUUGCCAAUGGUGACAUACCUGCUCCGAGGGAUGUCCGCGCAAAUCUUGUCCGGCAUUGGCUCCCGGUCAUCAUCGUGUCAAAGCGGGACGAACAGAUGUACAAAAGCCUUUUUCUGGAAGUCGAGCAGAUAUUUCUUCGAAUCAUUUUGACCUUGCCGAUGGGGGUUUCCCAGGAACUUUUGCCUCAAUGCUUAAAUUUUGCGACUCGUACACACAUGAAUUGCCCGCAUCUCGCUGCCACAUUCAACACUUGGUUCAGGAGAGCAAGCGGAGUUCCCAUGUCAUCGAGUAUGCCAGCAUUCUCCACGCCUUCAUCGAGUAGACCAGCAUUCCCCACGCUUUCAAGGGCUACUUCCCCAGGCAGGGUAGCGCAAUCCGCUGUGAACGAUGAUGCGGAGGACCCUGCUGUUGAGCAUGUUUUGGUUGACCAGGGGGUUUCAGGAGGUAGGAGUGGAUGAGGAUCCGGAGGACUGAGUUUUGGCCGAUCACUUAACUUUUGUCAGCUAUGCGACAACUCUACCUUGUACGAGAUGGGUUGACCGUCAACACGGCAUGGGUUGACCGUCAACACGGCAUGGGUUGACGGUCAACAAGGGGUUAUAAAUAAACAGUCUUUAUCCUUUUUUCAAUCAUUGUGGAACAAGCCGUCUUUCUGGCUCUCUUGUAAAAUUUCUGCACUGCAGUUUCGGAUUCCAAGUCCGUACCUUAUGCAGAGUCUGACUCAACAAACAAGGUCGUGAACUGCUGCAGCUGCUGCCGCACAGACAGUGGCCGUGCAAUGUGCAUAUGGAGGGAGAAAGUGAUGAAAGUGAUAUGACUCAACAAGGUUGCUCACUGCUGCUGCUGCUGCAUGGACAGUGGCUAUGUGUGUGCAUCUGAAGGGACAAAGUGAUUUCAGUGCGGUGCGUGGAUCUAUGGAAUAACAGUGAUGCUUCAUUUUCUGCUACUUAGUCUUGUAUGCAGAAAUCCCAAGUGAGGAAGUAGAGUGUAUAAGCAUUCAUCAACCGCUCACCCAUGUCAGAAACAUGUUGACUCGAUGAGAAUCGCUGGGAAACC